UUUCUGUUAUUAGAUUGAACAUGGAAAAAAUGGACUUGCAGCGGCCGCCCAUCCGAACCUUGGAUGAUUUUGUUUUGGGCUCGGCUCGGUUCGCCGUGCCAGAUAUUCGUCAUCUGGAGAGAUGGAACAAUCGGAUCAUAAAUAACUUGCUGUAUUACCAGUCCAACUAUUUCCUCUCGUUUUUGACAGUCCUGGGAAUAGUAGGGUUUUUCCGGACCUUCCACCUCUUCUUGGGUGCCACAGUGGUGACGUUGAUAUUUAUGGGGUUUGUGUGGGCAGCAGAGAACCAGGCCCCCAUCAGACAGUUGCGCCGGAACCACCCAUCCCUAGCCCUGGGUGCCAUCCUGGGGGCCAGCUACCUCUUCCUCACAGUGCUCGGAGGAGUAUCCGUCUUCCUCUUCGGCAUAGCCUUCCCCAUCUUAUGUAUGAUACUGAUCCACGCCUCUGUUAGGCUGAGGAGCCUCAAUAACAAGUUUGAGAACAAGCUGGAGAGCAUCGGUCUGAAGAGAACACCCAUGGGGCUCCUACUGGAGUCACUCGGACAGGACCAGGAGGCUGGGUCCUAGAGGGGGAGGAGAGGAAGGGGUAGAGAGACAUGCCUGGUUCUAUCUCAAUCUCUUGCCCCUAGCCCUAUUCACAGAUCGGAAAGGACUGGAUAAAUAUUAGCAAUAUGGUGAUUAUGCCCCAAUAAGCUAAGUUCCUUCACAUAUCCUGUCCUGAUAUGUAUUCACAGGGGUAGGGGCUAGAGACCUAAAUGGAAUGAGGCCUCUCAGACUAAGAGUGGGAGACAAAGGGAGGUGGCGAGGGAGGGAGGCUGAGGAAAGUAGAGGAAGAGAGGAGGGAAGUACAGUAAAGCAGUGGUGAAAUGGUUGUUAUGAUAUCACAGUGUCACGAAUGUGGUGUAACAGAUUGCAAAUUCUGUAAAAUCUAUGUGGCCUAUGUAAUGCACACAACAACUGUCGUGGUUAAUUCCUCCACAUUCGAAGUCAUUUUGCACAUGUGACAAGCUCCUUAUUAGAGUUUGCAUUCUAUCCUCAGAAAACUGAAAGCUGACAUUAUGUGAGCUGAAAAACUGCACUGAGAAGAAAAUGUGUCCUCCUAACAGACAUGGAGAGUGGAGAGUGCUACAAUUAGAUGGUUUAUAAAAUGCAAUUUAAACGGUAGCGUUGUGGUUAAAAACGUUUUUUUACAUGGAAACCUGAAGGUGUUUGAUGAGCCGCUACUCUGUAACUCCUGACCACACUACUUUUUGUGUUAUUGUCCAUCCUCUACUGCUGUUGGGUUUAACAAUUUGAUGCAGUUGAACGUUUCAAUGAGUUGGGAUAGAUCAAGGACAAUUGUGGAACAACUGUAUGCUUUUCAUAGAAAAACAAUUCAUUCUACUUCUAUGAUGCUAUGAUUACAAUAAUUUUUACUGGGAUUAUGUAUGUGUCUCUGUCCAAGCAUUAUGUGUUGCUAAGAACAUUCAUGUCAGUAUGCCGUCAUUGUGUAAAAUGUUAUUCUAUUGAGAAUAUUGUAUUUCUUUGAUAUUUUUCAGCAGUGCAUUCUAGGGAUAUUGUGGUUAUGGUUUUUUUUUUCUCCAAUGCUGUUAAAUUGUAUUUGCACUUCAUUUAAUACAUAUGCAAUAUCUUGU